UAUGUUGAUCCAACUGUUAUAUUUAUUUGUAUCUUUGUAUGGUUAUGAUUCUCAUAAUCAUACAAAGAUGGAAAUAAAUAUAAAGUAUUAAAUAUGAAAAACUAUAACCAUACAAAGAUGGAAAUAGAUAUAACCGUUGAAUCAAUAUAAUCGAUCUAACGCUGAAGUUGAUUGAUAAUAAUCGAUCUAACACUAAUUAAUUGUUACAAUAUCCUACCCAUUGAUAAUAUCAGUAUCCUAACUAUUAGACUACAUAGGACAAAAUCACUUUAACACUACCAUCUGUCUGCACAUUGACGAUAAGAUAUUGAAUCAAGGAGUUACUUUUUGAGCAAAGGGAGAUGCACUCCCAGUCCCGUUAUCAUUCGGAGAAUAUAUCUUUUACCCUUUCAGAGACUACUUCAGCUUUCCUGUCACUGAUUUCAUUGGAAAAACAUGUCUUGUUUCUUCCAUGUUGGGGAAAGAUGCUUCCUGCUCAAUGCCAAUUAGAGACUGCUGUUCUUCUCGGGAUGAUUGUUAUUUGAAAUGUUGAUCCCAAAUUUUGUUAGGGUUCGUAAAACCAUAUAACAAGGUUUAUUUACUGGGAAAGAACGGAUCAAGAAAACAAGAAUUAAAAGAAUAGAUCGAUAAAUGAGAUUAUCUUCUGAUGAAAUUCAUCACCAUGAUUAGGUAAGAUAUUUGGAUGUAAGUAAAUAAAUAAAUAAAUAAAUUUCUUAAAAUCAGAGAUUGGAAUGCAAUGGGACAUGGGAUAAGAAUGACGGAAAAGAUGGGAGAGCUGCUCCUGGUGGCCUCCAUCACAAAGACUCUGUCCGAGUCAGGAACUCGGAACCUCACUCACUUUCAAUCCCUUAAACUCACCGAAUCCAUUAUCCUCAAAAUCCUUUCCAACCCAUCACUCCACCCUUCUAAGAAACUCGAUUUCUUCAACUGGACUCGUUCUUAUACUCAUACUGCUUCUGCUUCCGCUUACUCCACCAUCUUCCGCGCCGUGUGCCGCUCCGGCUACUUGAAUGAGGUCCCCUCUCUGCUCCGUUCCAUGAAGCAAGACGGCGUCGUUCUUGAUUCCCAUUCAUUCAAGCUCCUCCUCGAUGCUUUCAUCGUCUCCGAAAACUUCCAUUCAGCUCUCCAAAUCUUAGAUUACAUGGAAGACCUACAACUACUGGGCAACACCCUCAGUCCCAUCGUCUAUAACUCUCUUCUCAUUGCUUUGGUUAGAAAAAAUCAACUCUCUUUGGCCAUCUCCAUCUUCUUCAAGCUUCUUGAUGCUGAUGUUGAUGCUGAUGCUGAUGUUGAUCUUGAUGUUGGUCCCUGUUCUGUUGCUUGCAAUGAGUUGUUGGUUGCUCUUAGAAAAGCAGACAUGAAGGUUGAGUUUAAACAAGUGUUCCAAAGGCUGAGGGAGAAGAAAGGGUUUUCUUUUGAUACCUGGGGCUAUAAUAUAUGUAUUCAUGCAUUUGGUUGUUGGGGUGAUUUGGUUAACUCCUUAACCCUUUUCAAAGAGAUGAAGGAUAAGGAGUUGGUUGGCCCUGAUUUGUGCACCUAUAAUAGUCUCAUCACUGUGCUUUGCAAGGUUGGCAAGGUCAAAGAUGCACUCGUUGUGUGGGAGGAGCUCAAUGGGUCAGGUCAUGAACCUGAUCAGUUCACUUACACAAUCCUUAUUCAAGCUUGUUCCAAGACUUACAGAAUAGAGGAUGCAACCAGGAUGUUUUACCAGAUGCAGAAUAAUGGAUUUCGCCCUGAUACACUUGUUUAUAAUUCUCUGCUGGAUGGACUUUUCAAGGCCACCAAGGUUACGGAAGCCUGCCAACUGUUUGACAAAAUGGUUCAACAGGGGGUGAAAGCCUCCUGCUGGACAUUUAAUAUUCUCAUUCAUGGAUUGCUUAAGAACGGGAGACCAGAAGCUGCUUAUACUCUGUUCUGUGACCUCAAGAAGAAAGGCCAGUUUUUGGAUGGGAUUGCUUACAGCAUUAUUGUGCUGCAACUUUGUAAAGAGGGUCAACUGGAGGAGGCACUUCAAUUGGUCGAAGAAAUGGAAAGCAGAGGUUUUGCUGUUGACCUCGUUACCAUAACAUCACUCUUGAUUAGCAUUCAUAAACACAGUCGCUGGGACUGGACAGACAGGCUUAUGAAGCAUGUCAGGGAAGGUGAUCUGGUGCCCAGUGUUCUCAAGUGGAAGGCUGGAAUGGAAGCUUCUAUGAAGAAUCCACCUAGCAAGAAAAAGGAUCAUACGCCAUUUUUCCCUUCCAAAGGAGAUUUUAGCGAGAUCACGAGCUUUAUAACCCUUGAUUCUCAUGAUGCCAAAACUAAAGAUGAGGAUGAGGAUGAGGAGAAUUCCUGCGACCAUAUUGACGAGUGGUCAUCAUCUCCUCACAUGGAUAAAUUGGCCAAUCAAGUGAAGUCCACUGGCUUUUCUUCCCAGCUGUUUACUCCUACCCGUGGACAAAGAGUUCAAGAGAAAGGGCUAGAUUCUUUUGAUAUUGAUAUGGUGAAUACUUUCUUGUCUAUAUUUUUGGCCAAGGGAAAGUUGAGCUUGGCUUGCAAAUUGUUUGAGAUUUUCAGUGACGCAGGUGUAGAUCCUGUGAGUUAUACUUACAAUUCUAUCAUGAGCUCAUUUGUCAAAAAGGGCUACUUCACUGAGGCUCUGGCUAUUCUAACAGAAAUGGGAGAAAAGCUUUGCCCGGCUGAUAUAGCAACAUACAAUAUGAUAAUACAAGGUUUAGGAAAUAUAGGAAGAGCAGAUCUAGCCAGUGCUGUUCUUGAUAGGCUACUGAAGCAGGGUGGUUAUCUUGACAUAGUUAUGUACAACACUCUCAUUAAUGCUCUGGGGAAGGCAGGCCGAAUCGAUGAGGUGAAUAAGUUCUUUGAGCAAAUGAGGAGCAGUGGGAUAAAUCCUGAUGUUGUCACUUAUAAUACAUUAAUUGAAGUUCACAGCAAGGCAGGAAGAUUGAAGGAUGCUUAUAAAUUCUUAAAAAUGAUGCUGGAUGCUGGAUGCAGCCCUAACCAUGUUACAGACACAACUCUAGAUUAUCUGGGGAGGGAAAUUGAAAAAUUGAGAUAUCAAAGGGCAUCAAUUUUGAGUGAAAAAGAUGAUCCUUCUUGAGGGGAUAAAGUUGGGUAUAACUAAAGUGCGGUAUAAGAUUCUAGCAGUCUAUGAAAUUGGAGUUUGUAAAAUAGUUUUUUAAUUAUCUGCAAGCUGUGGUCUGCUUCUGUUCCUGUGAUCACAGACAGAGUAUUUGGAUGUUAUGAAAUUGCAGCGAGAAGCUCACAGAUACUAAUUCAGGAACAUUCACAGAUUCAACCCAAAUGUGUCAUGCAUGUUGGAAGUCUGAAAUCGGUGCAUUGCUAGGCAUUAUGAAAGUUCAAACCUGGAUGCUUAAUUAAGGAAUUACGAAGUCUUGAAUAAUGUAACUUGAGAACAAAACAAAAAGGAACCGUUUAACCACUAAAUCAUGUGGGUCCUAUUGAAAAAAUAAAAUAAAGGUGUGGAUCCUAUUUUUGUGUGUCUAUAACAUGAAUAC